UACGGGGAGGAGUCUUAAAACGCGACACAUUAUGACUUCCUGCUCCAACUAAUCAUUCCCACAAAAAAAAAAUCUUUCUAAAGAGCUAGUUGACAGCAAUUCCCAGGUUUCAGUAAUACAGAAGAGAGAAAAUGGAUUUCCUGCUGUUUUCCGCGACUACAUGGACUUUAGUGGCUCUUGCUGUCACUCUGUUAUUACUGUAUGGAAUCUGGCCAUACAGAUUUUUCAAAAAGGUUGGCAUAUCCGGACCGAGGCCCCUGCCUUUUAUUGGAACCCUGUACGGCGUCAGAAAGGGACUUCAGUUUAACCAUGAGAACAGGUCCAAGUAUGGGGAUGUCUGGGGUUUGUUUGAGGGGCGAACCCCACUGUUGAUGGUGGCUGACCCUGAGAUGAUAAAAGCCAUUUUGGUGAAGGAGUGCUACACUGCAUUUACAAACCGCAGGAUUUUCUUUGAAGACAGCGGACCUCUGUAUGACGCAAUCACAGCAGUGAAGGACGAAAGGUGGAAGCGAAUCCGCAGCACCAUAUCUCCAUGUUUCACCAGCGGAAGACUUAAGCAGGUUUUUCCCUUGGUUGCUCGCUAUGCAGAUCGACUCAUUGUGAAGCUCGGAAAAAUGAACCUGGAUGAGCCCGUUCUUGUCAAACAACUCGUUUCGCCAUACAGUUUGGACGUGGUGACCAGCGCCUCCUUCAGCGUGGAGACGGACUCCAUCAACAACCCCGACGACCCUGUUAAAGUUCACAUAGAGAAGAUUAUGAAAGUCAACUUCUUGCCGCUUUUGCUCUCUUCAAUCUUUCCUCUUGCUCGUUACCUGCUGAAGCUCUUCAAGAUUGAGAUGUUGCCCUCAUCCAGUUUGGACUUUUUUUGCAACAUUGUUAAGAAGUUUAAAGACCAACAUAAUGCAGAGGUAUCGACUCGUGGAGACUUCCUGCAGGUGAUGCUUCAGAGUGAGAUCCCAGAAAGCGACAUAAAGAGCGAACAUGAGCAACCAAGUAAAGGUCUGACUGAGCACGAGAUCCUUUCCCAGGCCACGAUUUUCAUCUUCGCUGGCUUCGAGACAACCAGCACAACCCUGUCGUUCAUCCUUUAUAACCUGGCCAUCUACCCUGAUAUCAUGCUGACGCUGCAGAAAGAAAUCGACGACCGCCUACAGAAUAACGCCUCCAUCUCCUACGAGGACCUUAAUAGUCUGGAGUACCUGGACCAGGUUUUGUGGGAAUCGCAGCGAAUAAUCCCCUCUGCACCUCGACUUGAGAGGAUAUGCAAAAAGACGAUAGAAAUUAAUGGCAUCACCAUCCCAGAGGGAACGUUAAUUGGGAUUCCAGUGAAUUUGUUGCACAUGGACCCACGGUACUGGAGCUCGCCCGAACUCUUCAAACCAGAGAGGUUCAGUAAGGAGAAUGAGAAGGAUCUGAACCCGUACGUGUACAUGCCGUUCGGACUCGGCCCUCGGAACUGUGUCGGGAUGCGAUACGCGAUCCUCGUCAUGAAGAUGGUCAUCGUGCGCAUCCUGCAGAAUUACUCUGUGGAAACGUGCAGCGACACCAUGGUCCCAAUCCAGUUUGACUGGAAGUUCCAACCAGUCAAGCCUGUGGUGCUGAAGUUUGUUCCCAGAGAACUGUAAUGGGAGAAUUAUACAUUUUUUAUUUUUUUGAUAAUCUGAAAGGAUGAUUGCUUCUGAAUGUUGAGUAAUUCCACCACUGCUGAGUGAUCAUGUAGCUUGGCUGUGCUUUCUAAAAUCGAUCUUUGUUGGCUGUAAUGUGCACCUGACUCACACAAAAUGUUGCAAUUAUUUCAGUUUUUGAGGUGAAGGCCACAUUGUGUGUGUACAGUGCCUUGCAAAAAAUGUUCACACUUCUAGCCUUUCUA